AUCCUAACUACUUGGUUCUAUUUCUGAUAAUAACUUGCUUUCUUAACUCCAAGAUGUUGAAGUUGACUUUUUUCGUCAUUGCAUUGCUUCAAUCUUUGGAUUAUGCCCAUAGUGGUGGAUUUGGAUAUGGCGGAGGACUUGGAUACGGCGCAAAAGGUGGAGUAGGUCUAGGCCUGGGUUACGGAGGUGCCGUUGUUCCAGCCUUUGGUUUAGGAUACGGAGCAGGCUUAGGACUUGGCUUUCCUGGUGCUGCUGGAUUUGGAGGUUUAGGCGUAGGAGGCUUAGGGGGCUUAGGCGGCUUGGGAGGUUUAGGAGCUCCUGGAUUGGCCAAAGGUGCUGGUCUGGGCUACUUAGGAGCACCUUUGCUUGGUGGAUAUGGACUAGGAAGAGGACUAGCUUAUGGGCCAGGUGUUGUCGGUUGA